UGCACAUAACAUCUGGUGUAAACACUUAAGGGCUGGUUGGAGAUUCUCUGGCGACCCUUCUGUAUCUGCCUAGACAUUUUGCUGUCUCCUCCUCCUAUCGGAAAAGCACAGUAUGAAAAACAAUUAGAGCAGUUAAAUAAGGAUAAUAUGACUUCGCUAAAUAAGAAGAAACUCGAACUUAAAGAUGCGGAAUGUAAAUUCUCCGAAAUGAAAACUGCUUAUGAAGAGGUUACAACCGAAUUGGAAGAAUAUAAGGAAGCCUUUGCAGCAGCAUUGAAAGCUAACAAUUCCGUGUCAAAAACAUUAACGAAAUCCAAUAGGAAAAUAGCAAUGAUCAACACCAAGCUCCUUAUGAAGAACAAGCAGGUGAAAUAUUUUCUCAGCACUCUUCCUACAAGGCGAGACCCAGAGUCACCUUGUGUUGAAAAUCUUCCCAGUAUAGGACUCAACAGAAAAUAUAUUCCCCAAAUGCCCGUAAGAAUUCCUACUUCAAAUCCACAGACUUCAAAUAACUGCAAGAACUACUUGACUUAGGUUAGUUAUAUGACCGUUUCUCUUUUGGGUUUCACUUCUCUAAUAUAAUUCUUGUUUUUAAUUUGGUGAAAUACUGAGUUGUUCUGUCCAUUUAUGCAUGUUAAGUAAAGAUCAUAAUUAGCUGUGUUAGCACAGAAAGGAAAUGGGCACUUUACAUUUUUUAAUUCCCUGGAGCUCUCGUUUUCAAGAGAUACCCAUUUGCUAACUUUAUUCAAUAAAUGUGACUAAACUGA